AUGGCCGUUGCACGCUCCAUGCGCCGCACGAGCCCAAUUAGCCUCGUGCUAGCAGCGCUGCUGGCAUUUGGCUUCAUAUGUUUCAUGCUCUCGCCCUCGACUCCCUCCGCAUCCUCCACAUCCGCUAGCUCCCAGCAGCGCCAGGAAAACGCCGCCGAACACCCUCUCUCCCCACCCACAAAGCCGUUCUUCAAAUCGCAGGCAGUUCGAAGCGAUGGGUACAAGGCAGCUCCCCCGGUUGUCCACUACAACCUUAACAACCUAACCAACACCGCGGACUCAGUCGCCAACGGCGAGCGGGUCCUCAUCCUCACCCCGCUAGCCCGAUUCUAUCAAGGAUACUGGGAUAACAUCGAGAGGCUGACAUAUCCACACGAGCUGGUCUCCUUGGGAUUCAUCGCACCCAAGACGAGCGAAGGAAACACUGCAGUUGCGGCUCUGGAAAAGGCCAUUGCCAAGACGCAAUCGGGGCCAAUCGACAACCGCUUCGCGAGCAUUAGCAUCCUGCGCCAAGACUUUGACCCCCAUUGA